GGCUGCCCAAUUACAGCCAACACACAGAAAUCAUGGGAAGGACUCUCCUCUACCGAUCUUCACAUCAUAAAGGCAUGAACAGAGCAAGAACUAAAUGGGAACUCAAGUAGCAGAGGUAUGUGCUCAUCUUCAUGCAUAUGAGUGGUUCUUUCUUAGUCUAGUUGAUCCAAGAACCAGAGCCACCUAGCUCUAAGAUUGAAUCCUCUAAAGUUUCAAUUUCAAGACAAGAAGUUCCUGUUAACAUAUAUGAUCAUGCUUUUAUGUUUAAGAUCAAGUUCUUCCUAUGAAUAAGCCCUAAUUCACGUCCUGUGCAAGCAAAUCAUAAUCAUUUUCAUGUUUAUCUUUCAAUUGCUCAAGCAUGUUCAUUGAGUUCAUGCUUAAUUAGAUAAAGUUCUAGCCCUAAUCAAGCAUGUGCGCCGCAUCAGAGAGCCAAUUGGGCUCUAGGGUUUCGGUUUAACUGUUUAAGUACUACUCCCUCCUUCCUUGUUUGUUAGGCGAACGGAGGGGGAGCCCAGAGACCAAGGUAGAUACGUUGAACCAGCCACGUCGCAGCCUCGUCGCUGGUUUCCCACGUACGCCCGGCAGCCUCGUCGCUUCGAUUCUCGACAACAACAACUGCGCUAUUUUUUCUCUCGCCAAAAUCUUUCCCAACAGUUCACGCCAUAACAGAUCAAAUUUUCCCUUGCCAAAUCCAAACCCAAACCCACAACCGCGGCGCCUAUUUUUCCCCUCGCCAAAUACUUCCCCAACCGCGCGCUCGUACCUUCUCAUGGUACCUCAAAUCUGACCGAAACUUUGAAUUUCAUCUAGAGUUUUCAAACCAUGCCAAAGCAAAUGGAAUUCAAGUGUAUAAAUAGGCCUGCCGAGCUAUCCUGUUCCCAUCGCCACUCCCUUUCUUCAGCUCCAAUUAGCCAUGGCAGAUCCACACCCAGUUCGUGGAAUCGAUCUCAAUGUUCCAGGGUCUGAAAAUGAUCCUGAAGAGGACGGUCAGGUUCUGGGGCAACCUGUUGUCCAGGUUUUUAUAAGUAACCCGAUUGACUGGGAUCAGGUGCAAGAGGAUUUUUUUGAUUUGGGCAACCCCAUAUUUUUUCAUCAACCUGAAGAAGGUUGUUCCAUUACUUCAAGUUAUGUCUUUGUUUUGCUCUUUUUUUGGUCGUUAAAUAGUAUGUCAAAUUCGUAGGAGAUUAUUAAGAUUAGGGCACUGGAGAAGAUGUAGAAGCUCACGGCGCGGGAGAAGAUGCACCAGCUCAGGGCGCUGGAGAAGAUGAACGAGCUCCUGAUGCUGGUGGAGAUGGACGCCACAGUGGCCAGGGAUCAGUACUGCCUGAUCUGAAUGCAAUGCCUGAUUUAGAUGAUGGUACUGAUGACAUAUUUGAGGACCUUGGUACUAAUAUUGGUCUAGGUAGCAGCUCUGGUACAAGUAUUAGAAAAAGGAAGCAAUACAGUGAUGAUACAAAGCGAGCAGUAUACGCCAUGCUAUUAGAGGGAUCAGUGCAAGGCCAUUUGCCAGAAGGGGUGUCGUUGCAUGUGUCUUUGGCUAUGGAUGUUUCGCUGAGAUGUGUGCAGCGCAUAUGGAAUGAAGGCCAAAAAGGGGGAGGAAUACAUGCUGUCGUAAACAAGAGAGUGGGGCAUUGUGGACGUAAAAGAAUUUAACUUCCAAUGGAAUCGAUCACUGCCAUACCAUUCCAAGACCGAACAACUUUAGAAGAUCUAGCAAGGAGGCUGGGAGUGUCAAAGAGCCAUGUCCAUAAGCACUUGAAAGAAGGAAAAAUUGAACGGCACUUGAGUGCCAUCAAGCCAUUUCUUACAGAUGAAAAUAAGAAGGCACGGGUGCAGCAUGCUCUCAACAUGUUAGAACCAAGUACAAUUCCUCACCAGCCGGUCUUUAAACAUAUGUACAAUGUGAUUCAUGCAGAUGAAAAAUGGUAUUAUAGGACUAGAUCGAAUCAAAAAUAUUAUUGUGCGCCGGGUGAGGAAAGGCCUCGUCGAACUUACAAGAGCAAAAGUUACAUUGAAAAAGUUAUGUUUUUUGGUGGACAAUCUCGACCUUGGUUCAAUGAUCAGAAUGUCUGUGUUUUUUAUGGGAAGAUUGGCAUAUAUGCAUUCGUUACCACUGAACCUGCUAAAAGGAAGAGUCCUAAUAGGCCACGUGGUACUCCGAUCACAAAGCCAAUCACAUCAGUAACCAGGGAUGUAGUCAGACGGUAUCUAAUUGAUAAGAUGUUGCCCGAUAUCAAGGCAAAAUGGCCAGCUGAGGGACGCCAUGAGACAAUAUGGAUACAACAGGACAAUUGUCGAAGUCAUAUCCCAGUUGAUGAUCCUGAAUUUUGUGCAGCGGCUCAAGCUGAUGGAUGGGAUAUCCGUUUGACGUGUCAACCAGCGAAUUCCCCAGACACAAACGUGCUUGACCUUGGAUUGUUUGCAGCCAUACAGGCAUUGUUCCAUAGGAGUGGCAUGCCAAAAACCAUUGAUGAAAUUGUGAAUAAGGUUCAAGCAGCUUAUUGGAAUUUUCCAGUUGGCAGGUCAAAUAGAGUAUUCCUCACUCUUCAAGGUUGCUUACGGGAGAUACUCAAAGAAAAAGGAGGGCAACAUUAUCCUGUGCCUCACAUGAAGAAGGCAAUGUUGGAGAGAUUAGGAACGCUGCCGAAGACUUUGUCAUGUGAUCCAAUGAUUGUUCAAGAAGCAAUAGAUUUUCUAGCCUCUGUCUGAUCUUGUUUAGUCAACUUUGAAAUCUCUGAAUCUUAAUCGAUUAUGUAAGCUGUGAAUUUUGUAAUCCCUAAAUUUUAAUGAAAUUAUCAUUUGCAUCCCA